GCCAAAGCUGUCAGUGUCAGAAUUAGUCGGAAAGAAAAAAAGUCGCUUGUGUUCUGCAAUUUCCCGGUUCAAUAAAUACAUUUUAUAACAAAAUGACAUCGGUAACGUCUGUGAUACCCAAAUUGUAUCAGGAAUACACCAACAAGACACCCAAAAAGUUGAAAAUCAUCGAUGCUUAUUUAUUAUACAUUUUCCUAACCGCUGUAAUUCAGUUCGUCUACUGCUGCCUUGUCGGCACUUUUCCGUUCAACUCUUUCUUGAGCGGUUUUAUUUCCACCGUCAGCUGUUUCGUCCUUGCAGUUUGCCUUCGUUUGCAAGUGAAUCCAGAAAACAAGAAUGAGUUUCAAGGUUUGAGUGCAGAACGAGGAUUUGCAGACUUCAUAUUCGCACAUCUGGUGUUGCACAUUGUUGUUAUCAACUUCAUAGGUUAAUGUUAGUUUAAGUUUUUAUAAGAAUAGAAUAAAGUUUAUAACAUAUAACCUGCCCUGCCUUUCUUAUCUUGUCACUUUAAAAUCGAUUGAUACGAAU